AUGUCGUGGAUGCAACAACGCGAAGCGAUACGACGUGCAGCCGACGCAGGGACCAGACCACGGAUCUCGGCGCAAGGCUCGCAGCUUCUGCCCCUACGGGACCAUCGCCUGCGCUCCGUGCUCUUGACGCGCCCCAAUGGCCAGCUCACCCGCGCCGGCCAGUUCUUCUUCGGCCUCACUGGCCAGCGCCCACCGAACCGCCAGUUCGACGAGGCCCAGCCGCUCAUCCGAGACGGGGCGUCCGACUACAUCCUCAUGAGAGGGGGGACGCGAAAACUCGUCAGGACCCUGCAGCCCAACGGGCAAUACCACGUGACCAAGUUGGGAAAGGCAUUCUUCAAAGACAAACAUACGGAAUGGCUCGCUCACGUGCCCGUGAUCAUUCGGGGCACGCGACGGAGAGGGCGCAAUGCGGGCAACGCCUACGAACGUCAUGACUACCUCCCCGUGACUGCUCUGGAGCUGGGCCUGUCCCGCCAAAACGACGCCUGGAGCGACGCGCAGAUCGCCCGCAACGUGAAGGAGUCCGUGCUCCGCCAGCUGGGGCAGCCUGGGGAGGGCGACCCCAUAUACAUGAUUUCAAGGAGAGACUUAUUUCUUGCACCCCACCAACGAGUGAUCGACAAUCGGGUGAACACGGAGAUCCGCUUGCGCCAGCCUCUGGGCGCCCUCCGCGAUGUCUCUUACCAGCUUUUCGCCGGGGACCAGAUCCUCCCCAGCGCCUUCGAGGAGCGUCAGGACAUGCUCUGCGUGCCCCGCCAGAUUGCGGAGCUACUGAAGCUCUCGCUGGAGGACGUCCUCCAAGACUUCGACGCCAUAUGCUCGGCGGGCUGGCGGGAACGGGGCGCUGCUGGACUGCUUCCAAUCUGCUUCCAACCUGUAGAGAAGGAGGAAAGGGCUUUGGCCUUUACGUCCUGGAACGGCCACGCCUUCUUCUAUAAGUCCGCCCGAGCGGUGGCGAGUUGCGACGACACAGAGCGACCCCGUUACCGCCGCGCGCGACAGGAGAACAACACUCCUGAAUUCGGAGAGUGGCAGCCCUGGGCGGGGAAAAUCGCUUCGGGGCACUUCUGGAGUGAGGACCUUCGCGGUGUGCGCGCGCAGCUGCUUGCGGCAGGGCACCAGCCCAAGGUCUCCAUGAGGGGGCUGUGUGAGUGGUCCGCGCUGCGACUGCGGGUGCCAGGCGGGGCGGACUGCGUGAUUCGCGAGCUCUGCGAAGAUGCGGAGGUGCUGCAGGAGUGGACGCGGCGCCCUACCGCGGGCAACGCCUGGCGGGUGCGAGGGAGGCGUGAUGACACAAGGAGUCGCAGGGAGCAGCUGCUAGCAGAGCAAGGGGGAAUGUGCAAGCUCUGUGGAGCCCCGAUCACCUUGGCUGCCUGCGAGGUCGAUCACGUCAUCCCCGUCGCCCAGUCUUUCUCUGGGCAGCGUCAGGAGCUGCAGGCCCUCUGUAUCGAAUGUCAUAGGACCAAGACCAGUCUGGAGGGCAACCGCAGCACCACUCUGGAGAGCCGUUUUUGUCGUUAUGUCUACCGCACCUACACCGCCAGCCCGCGCCUGCCACCCCUCGUGUGCCAGCUGCAGAAGUGGGACGCAGAGCGCCCCUGUCAGGGAAUCGAUGUCUGCCGGUGCCGGAAGAAUGGCCUGGCCAAUGCGCGUUUUCCCAUUCCCGUCUUCUGUCCACUGGAUUCGAUUGUGCCCGCCCGAGAGGGGCAGCUGGCUGACCUGACCUACGUUGAUCUGCCCUGCGACCAGCGCAAGGGGCUGUUGGAUCGCUUGCCCUAUGUCGGGAGGGGCUGGUACUCCAAGCCUGCCUGUGCCUUCAUGCUCGAUUCGGGGUUGGUGCAGUGGCGCCACUUUCGCUGGAGCCUAGACGCAACGGCGCAUAAGGGGAAACUGUCCAUCAACGCCUUGGUGGGGCUCUUCGGCCGGAACCUGGACCUCGUCUAUUCCAUGAGGACCUCCAAUCACCAGAUGGAUGGCGAAGGGUGCAGCUGGCGCCAAACCUUCACCGACGCCGCGGGCCGAAUGCACUGGGACCACGUCUUCGUCACAGAACUGCUGUCUAACAGCAGCUACCGUCCCGUGCACGAUUACAUCAUGGGAGCCGAGUACGUGGCGGUGGCCCGGAUUCGCAAGGCUCUGGCCGAGGUGCCGCGGCGUUAUCUGAAGUGCUUGAAGACGGACUGCCUGGUCAUGCAGGACGUGCCCAAAAAACAUCGGCCCGCCAUCGAGCGACUUCUGCAGAUGUCGCAUCGGGACGGCACGCCCAUGUACCGUUGCGAGGGGGUGACGGGCCUCCAAGGCUGCUACCGGGAGCCCAGCAUGGAGGCGGAGCUAAUUCGGGAGAAAGUGCCGUGGCGCCACGUGGAGGACCCUGUCAGCCACUGCCUCGACGGCGAAAGCCUGCUGCUGACGGGCUUCCCAGGUUGCGGCAAGACUCAUCUGGCCAAAAAAAUUGUUGAAGCUCUCAGGGAGCACGGGGACUCGAUGCACAUCAUCACCAAAACGCAUGCCGCUGUGCAAAACGUAGGCCUCGGAGCUCAGACGGCAGACCACUGGGUGCGCCGGAACGUGCGCAGCGGGCAUUGCAGCGCCACCUGGCUCGUCAUAGAAGAGCUGACGCAAUUGGACACGCCUCUCUGGGCCGACAUCGCGUGCCUGAGCAUGAACACCUCCAUGCGUUUCCUGCUCCUAGGCGACUUCCGACAGCUCCCCGCCGUACUCGAUUCCUUUGCCGGAGCGGAGGUCUGUCGAGAGCUGAAGCACAGUCAGCUGCUGCACGACUUGGCGGGCGGCUGGUGUCAUCAGCUGUCGGAGCGGUGGCGCUUCGACGAGGGCAUCUUCUCCUUCUUGACCUGGCUCCGAGUAGAUGAAGCGGAGGAGGUGCCCCUACAGGAGGCGCUGCGGACGGAUCGAGAACGCUUCCCCCGUCAGGGUGCACCGGAAGUGUGUUUGGUCAUCUCCCAUGCCAAGCGGCUGCAGAUUAACGAGCGCGAGAAUCGCCGGAGGGCUCCUGACGAUGCGCUGCUGGUGGAGUACGCCGGAUCCCGGGCAAUCGGAACCAACGCGCCCCAAACCAUGCGAGUUUGGCCGGGGCUGCGACUCGUCGGUGCCGGCGGCAAGGUGCGGAAGGGCGUCUUUGUGACCGUCAGCGAGGUGGGGGAACGCGUGUCUCUGGAGAGCGGGCAAAGCUUCGAGCACCAGGAGCUGCUGAAGCACACCCGACUCUGCAGCGCCAUCACCUACGCCUCCGUGCAGGGCCUGACCCUGCAGGGCCGAGUCUGGCUCUGCGACUCGGACUCGCCCCACUUCACCUUGAAACAUCUGUACAUGGGCUGCUCUCGGGCCACGAGCUCCGAGCUCCUCAGCGUCCUGUGA